GUGGCAGACGAAGAGGGGGUGCAGAACAAGUGUUUUCACUUCUUGCACAGUUACAUAGGAGUCAGAGGAGCGAUUUGCCCAGAAAUUUCACAUCCGAAGUGGAACUGCUGGAAGCGAGCAGUGAAACAUAGUGGCAUGAAUUACGAUCUGAUGCGCCUCACCAUUGCGGCCAACUAUGGCCACGGCACUCGGCUCACAGGCGAGCGUGUGACGAUGCGACGGGAGUACCUGGAGAGGUGGCUAGAGAAACAAGAGGAGCAGUACUUCGAAGAGAUUUCAGAGGAAAUCAACCAUGACCGCGGAGAAAGAGGCAUGACCAGCGAUGCCGUCCAAGCAUCGAUCACAGAUUUCCUGGAAUCGGACCUGAUCAAACGACGUGCGCAUUUCGCAAAGAACAAGAGCUGGUUCGGCUGCCUGACAUGCUUCAAGAUGCUCUUGCGUGACUGGACAGUGUUGCGAGAAGCAGCUCGGGCGGUGGUGGUAGAGUCUAACGGUAUGGCAGACGAUGAGGAGCUGCAAGCAGGCGCUGCAGUGGACGAUGCCGAGGAUGCAGACGAAGCAGCAGAGGCAGCGGAAGAAGCGCAAGCUGCACCACAGAAGCAGACCAAGUCGGAUUUUUACGCGGCCUACAAAAAGACAGGUCCGCACCAAAUGCAACUGGACAUCCUAUCCGAUGACCGUCUGCGCUGCAGUGCAGAGAUCUUCUGCCGCGUUACUAGGCCAUUGCACAAGCUCUACCAAAACGAUCUGCAGGCACAGAAAGAGGGAUUGCAGGAGACGCUGCAAUGGAAUGCAGAGCGCUGUGUUGGGAGCAGUUUGAAAGCCAGCAACCAGGUCCUUGCAAGCACGUCGAACCCAGCACUGUACAUGGCCAUGAAGAUGACGCCCCACUGCAGCCCGUGUGCCACACCCGACAUGUUGCCUGAUGAAAUGGAGCUAGCGCAAAAAGCUUUCACUUUUGCAACCAAUUUGGCAGGCAACUUUGCGUGGUCGGAAAUGCUUCACCAAUUCACGCUGCCGCUGGCUGCUGGCGCCUUGUUGCUGGCAGAUCGAGACAAAGCCCAAAGAGCACUUCGCAGGAUUGGCGCUCUCAUUGAUGCCGUGGUCAAAGCAGAAGACUUGCUAAAAUCAAAGACAAAACCUGCACUUGCGCAGCUGUUGCAAGACCUGGCCUUUCAAGAAGAGAGCCUCGCGCGCGAGGUCAUGAUCCGUUUGCGAAGAGCGCAGUACAAACUUGACGAUCCCGAAGCCGAGACCGUGGCUCGACUCAUGCGCAGGUUUUUCGGUGGCAGCAGCUCCACCAAAGAGAUUCUGGAGAGUUGCUUCGGACACUUGGCAGAUGUGGUGAGCAGGUCCAACAAGAACAAGCGCACGAGCAGGCUUGGGCUGUGGCUAUAUUGCACCAGCUCGGGUUUCAUCAAAUCAUCAGGAAUGAAGCAGCACUUGCCAGACUCUUCUGAGUGGCUGGCAUGGCUUUCGAAGUACGGGCAUGCUGAAAACGAGUGGAUGAAGAAAUUCAACACAGCGUUCAAUGUUGCUGCGACCCCGCUUCCCCAAGCCCAGGACAUGGAGUUUCCCAAGACAGUGGAGGGUGUAGUGAAGACGAAGUGGAGGCUGGCGGGACCUCUAUCUCACUACAGGAGUGCGGCUGCCGCCUGCUACCUCCUCAAAGAGUGUGCAUUGCUGUUCAAAGGGGCCAUCUUCUGGGAGCGCUCCAAGGACAUUUUCAUGAUCUCGCUGGGCUUCGUUGCAUGGUGCGCGCUUGGCAUACGGCAACCAGGUCCUUCUAACAAAGCUAUGCCACUUCUCGCGUGCGUGCGUCAGGAGUUCUUGUCAGUUGACCCCAAUCAUGAGGGAGUGGAGAUGCUGUUCAAUUUUACAGUGUCCGAAAGUUCACCGUGGAUGUUCGUCGUGCAUGAGGUUCUCCCGCCCGCUUGUGUUCCAGACUCCUUGCACGAGCUUGGGUCCUGCAUACACGUGAAGUCAAAGGAAGGGAUUCUGCGAGCAGCGGUCCUUCGCCAGCAGAGCAUGAAAUUGACCAAGUUGCAACUGGUCCAGAUAUGCGCGUCAUUGCGGGUGGCUUUGCCAGACCCCAAAAAGGGGUCAGGCAAAACAGGAAAACGGAUCAAGAUUGAUUACGUACGUGCCCUUCUACAGCAUCUUCUGCCGGACAAGCCGGAAGAAGUGGAGGAGCGGGUGGCCGCUCUCAUGGGCAAGGCAGCAGCGCGCGUGGACAUGGGCGUGCUGGCGAUGAUUUCCGAGAUGGAUGUUGACAACGCAGAUGCCUUUAAAGAACUGAAGAAGCAAGCCAUGCAACAGUUUGAAGAAGAGGUGUCCAAAAGUGGUGAGAAGCGUGCCGUGAAGAGUAUGAAGGACGCGCAGGAGCGCGCAGAAGCAGAACGGAAGGUAGCAGAGGCUGCCAAGAAGCGUGAGGAGAAGCAAGAGCAGCAACAAGCUGCCGACCGCAAGAAGCAGUGGGAUUUGACGCCAGCCGAUCUCAAACAGCUCCUGCCGGGGGCCGGUACCAUUACUUCCACCUUCUGGAUGCGAUUCCAGCCCUUGCAGAAGUUUUGGAAGGUUGAGUACCCAAUCGGCCCUUCGACAUGCUUUGGGUUCAGGAAGUCUGCGUUCCGAAGUCGGUAG